UGAGUAGGCCUUGGCUAAACUUUUGUUUAACUUUCUGCCUUUAGCUGUGCAGUUCUCACAAUUUUUCAGUUGUUCAUAUUUGAUAAAACAGUGCAGUUCGAAAAGCAGUUUUGGAAACCCUUUUACAGUUCCUUUCGAUUCAUUGAAAAGUUGCAAAGUAUGUUCAGGGGCUCACCGGGAAACAAGCCGCCCCUGCUGCCCAUCGGGGCGGAGAGGGCCAUCCGUUUGCGCACAGCGAAGACUCUGGACCCGAAAUUGUGCAGAGUCACUGGCGAUGGCAAAUCGAACAGUUCCGCACCCGAGUGGGGACACCCCUAUCAGACAUACUUCAAAGCCAGAAAGCUGUCACUCGUGCCGCCCGAGAGUGACGAGGCGAAACCAAGUCGCCCCAACCGGGGCGACGAGAAACAGAAGCAGCGCUCAUCGUCCAGCAGCGGUGAACCAAAGUUGCAGCCGGAACAGCAUUCUGGCCCCAUAUACCAGGCACCACAGAAUGCCACAGCAGGGGCAGCCAGGAACCAGGAUGCAAGACGGAUGCCGUUCCAGGAGCGGCCGAAGCCGUUCGAGGAGCGGCCGAAGCCGUUCGAGGAGCGGCCGAAGCCGUUCCAGGAGCGGCCGAAGCCGUUCGAGGAGCGGCCGAUGCAGACGAUAUUCGCGGGGAAGGCGGCACAGCCAAACCGUCAGCAGCGCCGAGCCUCCGACGCUUUCGGAAUGCCGCCAGUGCGCGAGGAGGAGGAGGAGGUGCCAUUGAACUUUGGCGGCGCCGAACAGCAGUCCACUGAGACACCACUGGAGUACACGAACGCGAUUCUCUACAACGACCUGGUGACCGUCCAGCAGAGGAGCUGCAAAAUAGCUCAGUACAUCAGAGACGCGCUGCCCACCCACAUGCAGCGCCAGCUCUUCCAGCAGGAGAUUAUCGGCCAGCACCUGGUGGCCGAGCGCAAGUUUUGUGAGCUGCUCGAAGUGCGUCAUCAGGCCAUUUAUGAAUGGAUGGCCCAGAAAUCAAACCAGGCCCAGGCCGAAGCCGGGGCCAAGGGCCAGAGUAAGGAUCAGAAACAAGACCAGAAGGACCAUCCGAAGCAGAAUAAGCACCAGGACCAGAAUCAGGAUAAUGGCCAGAAUCCGAAAGACGUACAGUAUCGGGCCAAGAAUCUGGGAACUGCCAACGACACAUUCGGCCGUUUUAAAAAAGGUUCGCGCUUUAGUGCACAAAGUACUCCAAUGCAUCGUUUGAUGAGGGGAUCACCUCCAGGGUCGCAUCUAUCGGGAUCUGUACCGGACUCUUCAUCUGGUGGUCGGCCAGCAUCGUCGUCUGAGGGUCUGCCGCUACCCAAAUCUUCCUCUGAGACUCUGCCAGAGGGGAAACAAGGGACUCUACCACGGCCAUCGCCAGCUACUGUUGACUCCCUAUGGUCUAUAAGUGGAUCUUCGACAGCUAGUGGCCGACGAACUUGGGGCCUGCCACCAGCUCUGCAUGGGUCUCUAUUUUCCUCGCCCCCCUUGGGGCCCCAGGGAUCUCCAUUUGAGUUUACUCAGGACGAUGUCCAAGGAUCUGCAGAGGGACACAUGCAAGGAUCCCCUAACACUGAACGACUAUCGACUAUAUCGGGAUCCCCAGGGUCUCAAGGAUCUUCACAAGCAACCCUCAAAGCGCCGUCAUCUGCCUCAGUGACUCCCGUGUCCACUCCUAAUGGAUCUCUAGAGGAGGCUAAGAAACAAUCGCCUCCACAAAGUACUACUGUGGAUGGAAAAGCCAACGGCCCAUGGUAUCAAAAUUCCACCGAAGGAGCUGCAGCUCCAUUCAAAGCUCCAUCUGGAGCUGCGGGCCAAGCGUUGAUGUACCAAGAGCCCAGCCAAUGGCCACCGAUUGGUGCUUCCGCACGCAACACAUCCGGCGGAUCUUCCGCCAGUACCCAGGUAACAGGGGCCAACCAAGCAAGCUCAUCGACUUCGGUGGGACCGCACACUUGGCCUCUCGUUGGCUCUUUAUCACGUGGCCAAUCCCGAGCCCAGACACGUGCUCCACCACAGAAUACAUCACGCGGGCCACAACGCAGGUCCCAACGUUCGACUUCACGGGUCCAUCGACAGCCGCAUCCAUCAGUGGUCCUCGGGUGCACACCAUGGGCUCACGUCAAGGCUGCCGCAGCACCCAGCGGCCCGGCCAAGUUCCACGCUAUAGGAGACAACAGUCGCUUCCACAAUAACGAGAAGCAUGCCGACGGUCAGCGCUACAACAAUCAUUACAAUAGCCACAAUCGUCACAAUCUUCACGGCCACGAGAAUCACAACAAUCACCAGGUCCCACCCACAAAGAGGAUCUACGGAGGCGUUCCCAAGACCGAACCCCCAAGCCGCAUGUACACGGCCACACAGCCUUCGCCGGCUAGAAUCCAGACGCCCCACAUUCUGGAGAAACAACAGCUGGGCAAUGCCAUGCCCAAGCUCCCGAUGCCACAAACUCGUCACUACAGUGCCAUGCAGAAGCAUCCCCAAUCAAUCACCACCAAAAAGACAUUGCAGCCCGGUCGUGGUUCCGAGCCCGAUCGCGGCCCCGACACACACGCAAAGCCGAAGGGGGCCAACUCUUAAGCUUUUCAAAAGACAUCAAGAUAGCCCAAAAUUGUCUAUAAGAUGGAGAGACGACUCCUCUUUUGACAGCAAGAUCACAGCAAUUAACAACAGAAAAACACAGAACCACGAAGAUGAGUAAAUUCAGCAGUGUACGAUUUUGGAUCUAAACGCAUUUCAAAAUCUGAGCUUAUUAUUACAAUUUUACGAACAUUUGUCCAACAUUUGUGUCGAUUCGAGAACCAAUUUUAUACAAAAACUUACACUUUUAUACACGA